CGAACGUAUUUUAGGAGGAUGCAUGACGACGUGCCAGUUAGUUUGCAAAUGGUGGACGGUUCGUUGGUGUCGUAGCGCGUUAACAACAGGUAAAAAAAAAUGUAUAAAGCAAGGACAUUGUUCAAUAGACUGGCGCCUUUGGCGCCAAACAUAUGCGGGCGUGAAAGAUACGCAUCCUGGGUAGUCCGCAGUCAUCCGUUAACAAGGACUAACCAGGUAAUCUUCACCGAAACCACGCGCAAGCUCAACAGCCGUGUUUCAAGCGAACCUUUCCUAAAUGGUAGCUCCAGCUCCUACGUCGAAUUGAUGUAUAACGCGUGGCUGCAAGAUCCUAGCAGCGUGCAUGUGUCAUGGGACUCCUUCUUUCGAAACAGCACCGCUGGAGCUGCUCCGGGGCACGCGUAUCAGGCACCACCAUCUCUCGCUCCAAGUCACAACCAAGUGCCGCUUGGAUCGCUCUUGCCCCUGGCUGGAACGCAAAUUGGCCAAAUGCCUGUCAAUGAAAAAAUUAUUGACGAUCAUCUAGCAGUGCAAGCUAUUAUUCGUUCUUAUCAGAUUCGUGGCCAUCAUAUCGCUAAAUUGGAUCCACUCGGCAUCAACAGCGCUGAUCUUGACGAUAGACAUCCGCAAGAAUUACUGUAUAACCAUUAUUCAUUCGGGAAGAGACCACGCACUACUUACUCGCAGGAACUCCAAUAUCGAGUAUCGACCCUUAUGAAACAGGAGUCAGACAUGGAUCGCGUCUUUAAAUUACCAUCCACCACGUUUAUCGGUGGUAAGGAGAAGUCGUUGCCGCUGCGUGAGAUCUUGAAGCGACUCGAAGCCGCCUACUGCGGCCACAUCGGCGUCGAGUUUAUGUUCAUAAACUCUUUGGAGCAAUGCAACUGGAUCAGGCAGAAGAUGGAGACACCUGGGAUCAUGGAAGUGACGAACGACGAGAAGAGACUUAUCCUGGCCAGAUUGACGCGUGCAACUGGAUUCGAGGCAUUCUUGGCGCGCAAAUGGUCGUCGGAGAAGAGAUUCGGUCUGGAAGGUUGCGAAAUUUUGAUUCCAGCUAUGAAGCAAGUGAUCGAUAAGUCCACGGAAUUGGGAGUCGAGUCAAUCGUCAUGGGUAUGCCUCACCGUGGCCGUCUCAACGUUCUUGCUAAUGUCUGCCGCAAGCCGUUGAGCCAGAUAUUCACGCAAUUUGCUGCUCUCGAAGCUGCCGAUGAUGGUUCCGGAGACGUGAAAUAUCAUUUGGGCACGUAUAUCGAGCGUCUGAAUCGUGUAACCAACAAGAACAUCCGGCUCGCUGUGGUCGCGAAUCCGUCACAUUUGGAGGCUGUAGAUCCGGUAGUCCAAGGCAAAACACGCGCCGAACAGUUCUACCGGGGCGACGGCGAAGGCAAAAAAGUCAUGUCGAUUCUGCUGCAUGGGGAUGCUGCUUUCUGCGGUCAGGGCAUUGUCUUCGAGACAAUGCAUCUAUCCGACCUACCAGAUUACACCACUCACGGCACCAUUCACAUCGUCGUGAACAACCAAAUCGGCUUCACUACGGACCCGCGGCAUUCACGAUCUUCGCCAUACUGUACUGACGUGGCUAGGGUGGUGAACGCGCCCAUUUUUCACGUCAAUUCUGACGAUCCUGAAGCUGUGAUGCACGUGUGCAAGGUGGCGGCGGAAUGGAGGGCCACUUUCCAUAAGGACGUAGUGAUCGACCUGGUCUCUUAUAGGCGUAACGGCCAUAACGAGAUUGACGAGCCCAUGUUCACGCAGCCUCUGAUGUAUCGCAAGAUUAAGAACACCCCGCCGGCUCUCGACAAGUACGCCAGUACGCUUCUUGCCGAUAGUGUUGUUACUCCUGAAGAAGUGAAGGACGUGAAAGACAAAUACGAGAAGAUUUGCGAGGAAGCGUAUAACAAUGCCAGGCAGGAGACGCACAUUAAGUAUAAAGAUUGGUUGGACUCACCGUGGUCUGGUUUCUUCGAAGGGAAAGACCCGUUGAAAGUGUCACCUACUGGUAUCAAGGAGGACACUCUUGUCCAUAUCGGGAAGAAGUUUUCGUCGUUGCCACCAAAUGCGGCGGAGUUUGUUGUCCAUAAAGGUAUUGAGCGGAUCUUAAAGUCUCGCAUGGAGAUGAUCGAGUCAAGAACUGUUGAUUGGGCUCUCGGAGAGGCUAUGGCCUUCGGAUCUCUUCUCAAGGAAGGUAUUCAUGUCCGAUUGUCGGGUCAAGAUGUAGAAAGAGGCACGUUCUCUCAUAGGCAUCACGUGUUGCACCAUCAGACGGUUGACAAGGCAACUUAUAGACCACUCUGCUACUUGUAUCCUGAUCAGGCACCUUACACCGUAUGCAACAGCUCUCUUUCUGAAUUCGGUGUGCUUGGAUUCGAGCUUGGUUACUCUAUGACAAACCCCAACGCAUUAGUGUGCUGGGAAGCUCAAUUUGGUGACUUCAACAAUACCGCGCAAUGUAUAAUCGAUCAAUUCAUCAGCAGCGGUCAAGCCAAAUGGGUUAGACAGUCUGGUCUCGUAAUGUUGCAACCUCACGGCCUUGAAGGAAUGGGUCCCGAGCAUUCCAGUGCUCGUUUGGAGCGUUUUCUUCAAAUGUCUGCCGACGAUCCAGACUAUUUUCCGCCGGAGAGCGAAGAAUUCGCCGUUCGUCAGUUACACGAUAGCAACUGGAUCGUCGCAAAUUGUAGCACACCAGCCAACUAUUUCCAUAUCCUACGACGACAGAUUGCGCUGCCUUUCAGGAAGCCGUUGAUUCUGAUGACACCGAAAUCAUUGCUUCGUCAUCCGGAGGCUAAGUCAAACUUCGAUCUGAUGUUGGAAAGCACACAGUUCCUCAGAGUGAUACCGGAAGAGGGCACGGCAGCUCAAAGCCCCAGCAAUGUCAAGAGAUUGCUGUUCUGUUCGGGCAAGGUUUACUACGACCUGAAGAAAGCCCGCGCAGAGCGGCAAUUAGACGAUAAAAUCGCAAUCGCCAGAGUGGAACAGAUCUCGCCCUUCCCAUAUGAUCUCGUGAAGAAGGAAGCUGCCAAGUAUCCUAACGCAGAGUUGGUAUGGUCUCAGGAGGAGCAUAAGAAUCAAGGCGCAUGGACUUACGUACAACCUAGGUUCCACACGGCACUUAACGGCACCCGAAAUAUGACUGUCGGAAGCGCGUCAAAGACGAGUAAGAAUGAUGGAGGGUGGUUUGCCGGUUUGUUCUCAAUGUCCAAACCGACGAAAACCACACCUGUGUCAGAGCCAGAGUCAACAGAACCUGCUAAAACAAAACAGAGAAUAAUGAGAUAUGCUGGACGCCCCACUGCGUCGUCGCCCGCUACCGGUAGCAAGAUGCAGCACCUCAAGGAACUCAAGCAACUGGUCGACGACUCCUUGAGCCUUUAAUGAUCCUUCAUAGAACUGAAAAUUUAUUUAUUUUUUUGCGCCAGUCAUCAUUGUGUACUUCAUUCAUCCUGUUCAUAUGUUGAUAAAUUAAUCUCGAGUGAUCGAUAAGAUCGGGUAUGGAAAGUAUUAUUAUUAAUUUAUGCAAUGUUACGCAGCGCGUAACACUUUUAACAAGAUAGCAACGAUCCUGAAGUACGCCGAACGAAGCUGUCCAUGGCUAAGCAAGGACUGUGGUAUACAUGUGGCGUUUUUUUUUUUUUUUCCUAAUAAUUUCACGCCACGAGACGGUUGCCAAUCACUUUAACUUUUUAUCGUCGCUGUUAUCCUUAUAAAAAAUUAAAUGAUUGGCGGUGUUGAUGUGCGUUCGACGUACAUAUGUGUUAUGACGUAGCAUUACAUCAUCGAGAACUUCUCGUAUGUUGGUCUCAGUUGUGUUAAUACGACACUGAGGUAAAGUUGUUCCUCAAGGAACUGACAGUUCCUCUAUGUUCAGUCAGAACUUAAAGAUGUGCUAACAUAACUGAAAUACUAGUGUUACCCCAUGGAACGUAUCAACGGGUACUUCAGCUCUUGGAAUGAGAGUGUUGAGAGUGUAGGAGACGAACUAGUAGAAAAUAAUUUUAAUGAUAAUUUAUCCAGGUGCAGUCGCUCGCGCGGGCCGCUGCGUGUUAAUGUGCGAAACUGUGCCACGGUAUUUAUAUUCUUCUACCUAAACUAUUUAAAGAUGGAUAACGUGUGAAGGAGAAAGAGGAGGAGCAGGAGGAAGAGAAGAGUCGUCGUCAUAUACCCUUACACAAUCGAUUGAUUGGAGGAAAUAUACGUAUCGUGAUAAUUUGGUUUUCUAUGUCGUGCGACGUAGCUAUUCGGUAAAGAAGCAGUCUCGCGUCAUCGUUAUUUCGUUCGAUACGUAUAAAUAUGAUAGUUAUGUGAUAUCUCACGAUCUUAUAUAGUACGAUAUUAUAUAGACAAUUCGGCACAGAUAGAUCAAUCUUAAUCCGAGACGAAGCGAGACACGAAUACCGUUUCGUUUAUUCCUGCACCCUAGUGUAUUCCUCGUCGUUGUGUGUAUGCGGCAACAAUAGUACCCCAAACAUUACGCAUGCAUAUGCGAAUAUAUCAAAGAAUUUAAAAUUUCCUCAUUUAGGUAAAAACAAAGAACCCAACACUUGAAAUCUGAUUUAGAAUAAAAUGAUAUUACACUUGAUAUUGUAGUAUCUUAUGCUGGAAUUAAAUCGUCUUUAUCAUCAUA